ACUUUACCAUUAUUUUCAUUUCCUUUUUUAUACUUCUAGAAAAAUAAUGUCAUUUUCACCUUUCAUUUAGUUUUCUUUCUUUUUCUUCCCUCAAAGUCUGUGCAUUUCUCUCUCAACUGAAGCCCCCUAUCAAGAAAUCCUUUACUCUAAUCCUAAAUUUGCUAGAUUUGUAAUUUUCUCCGAAUAAAUUUUUAGCCAAGAAAUAUGGGAGGAAGUGGGGGUGUUGCUUUUCUCAAAGUUGUGCUUCAGAACUUCGAUAUUCUUGCUGGGCCUGUGGUUAGUCUUGUUUAUCCCUUGUAUGCAUCAAUCAAAGCUAUUGAAACCAAGUCUCCUAUUGAUGAUCAGCAAUGGCUCACUUAUUGGAUUCUGUAUUCCAUGAUCACUCUUUUUGAGCUCACCUUUGCAAAGGUUAUUGAAUGGAUCCCUAUUUGGUCAUAUGCCAAGUUGAUUAUGACUUGCUGGCUGGUGAUACCUUACUUUAAUGGAGCUGCAUAUGUUUAUGAGCAUUUUGUAAGACCAACAUUUGUCAAUGCCCAGAAUCGUACUGUCAACAUCUGGUAUGUCCCAAGGAAGAAGGAUGUUUUUAAUAAGAAGGAUGAUAUUAUAACAGCAGCAGAAAAGUACAUACAGGAGAAUGGAACAGAUGCUUUUCGAGAUCUAAUUGACAAGGCUGAUCACAAAAGUACGAAACCAAACACUGAUUAUGGCAUUUUUGAGAAUGAACACUACUACUGAGUGCUGCAGUCUGCUGAUUUUCCAAUAAUGUAAACUUUUUUCAACCACAGUUUAGUUUGUGCCAUGUGUUACCUUUUUAAGCCGUUUGCCACCUCUGUAAUUAGCUUGGUGUCUUUUAUUGUGUAAUUAUGAUGGCAUUUCAUCCUUUUUAGUGAUUAAUGGUAGUUAAUUACUGUACAAUACAUCCUUGUGUGUCUUAAUUUGUCUGGAAAUACUCCAGCAGCCUAACAGAGAAAAGAAGAGGGAAAGGGGUGCCUUCUAUUUUGUACCUUGUUGCUUAUGCAUUCUAACACUUUUGCAGCUAAGAUGGACUGGUAUUGUCUAUACUUUCCAAGAA